AUGAUUGAACAACUUGCUGGAGCAGUUUGCACAAUGUGUGGCACUGUUUAUUCUGCCUAUUAUAUGACUAGCCUGGCAAAUCACAUGAUCCGUGUAUUCAGAGGUGCUGAUCCUGAGAUCACAGAAUCAACAGCAGUCUCUCCUCUGGCUCCCUCUGCUCAUGGAGAGGAGACCGAAGAGGAGGCAAAUGAGGUGGAUGAGCACCAGCCUCCAGCUGUGGUCACACCACAACCUGAACAUUCUGAGCCAGUGCUUCUAGAGAAAGAGCAGGAGCAGACUGCCUUAUCUGAGAUGCCAUGCCAGACUCAGGGAGAGCUGUUCCCAGCCCGAGAGCAGGAAGAGCAGCUCAGGCAGCAGGUGGAAGAGCCACAGGAGAAUGGCCAGAACAGCAAGGCAGAGCCAGAAGCGGAGCUGCAUGAAGCUCAGAGUGACAUUAUGGCAGCAAAGAGGAGGAAUGAAGACAUCCAAGAGGAGAAGGAUCUGCAGAGGGGCAAUCAACAAAGCCAGGUGAAUGAAGGAAUGGCAGCCACUCUGCUCAUGAAACAGAGUCCUUUCCGUUGUUGUUUACAGAACACUGAUGAACAGAUGCAGGCACGGCUGCAGGGAACUGAGGCUACGAUCAAGGCAAGGGAGAAGAGGGAAGACGAAAAAAUUAAAAUCAUCAAAGAGAAAAUUAAGUACUUCCUUCCGGAGAAAAAGGCUCUAGAAAAGCAAGUGGCCAUAAAGAAAAUAAAUCUUCAAGGACUGAUCCGAAAGGAAGGAACCUUUAAUGAACUUACGGUCAUGAAAAUUAAUAAGCACCGAAACAUUGUGAAUUAUUUAACGAGCUACCUUGUGGAUAGGCAGCUCUGGAUGAUUAUGGAGUACAUGGACGGAGGCACUCUGAGCGACAUCAUCAAUGAGACUUACAUGUCUGAAGGACAGACUGCAACCAUCAGUCGGGAGUGCCUGCAAGGACUGGAUUUUCUUCACUUGAACAAUGUGAUCCACCGAGAUCUGAAGAGCUGCAACAUCCUUCUCAAAACCGACGGCUCUGUCAAGCUGGCUGACUUUGACCUCUUUGCUCAGCUCACCGCUGAGCAGAGUAGACAGAGCUCUGGGGCCAGCACUACUGGGUGGAUAGCACCUGAAGUGGUGACAGGUCAACCAUAUGGCCCCAAAGUGGACAUAUGGUCUUUGGGAAUCGUGGCCAUCGAAAUGGUGGAACGAGAAGUUCGUUACUGGAAUGAAACUUCUGUCUUGCCUAAAGUCCUGAGAGCCAUACAAGGGACACCAAAGCUGCAGCAGCCCAACCGAUUCUCGCCUUGCCUGCAUGACUUCCUGAGCUGCUGCCUGCAUACAGAUGAGGAGAGGCGCUGGUCUGCCAAGGAGCUCCUAGAGCAUCCAUUUGUAACAUUUGCUGAGCCUGCCUCCAGCCUGGUGCCACUGAUUGUUUCAGUGAAGAAGAGGAAGGAGACAACAAUGUGA